AUGAAGGUCAUUCAAGUGAUUUCCGUGACUCUGCUGUUUGUUAUCGCAGCCAGUGCUCAGGUCCUGAAAGCUGGAAGGUGUCCAAAGCCUGCUGUUCAGUCAAACUUUGAUGCUUCCAGGUAUCUGGGUAGGUGGUAUGAAAUCCAGAAACUGCCAACAUCCUUCCAGAAAGGGCAGUGCAGCAAUGCCCUUUACACCCUGAAGGCUCCGGGAGUCAUUGGGGUCCUCAACAGUGAGCUGCUUGAUGAUGGAACCGUUAAUACCGCCAUUGGCACCGCCAAAGUCAAGGACCCUGCUGAGCCUGCCAAGCUGGAGGUCUCCUUCUCUGAGUUUGGCCCCCCUGGUCCCUACUGGGUCCUGUCCACUGACUACGAAGGUCACUCGCUGGUCUACGGCUGCACCGACUUCGGCCUGUUCCACAUGGAGCUUUCCUGGAUCCUGGGCAGGGAACCCACCAUGCCAACGGAGACCAUUGAGGAGCUGCACAGCAUCCUGUCCUCCAUCGGUACACCCGUGGACAAGAUGGUCCCCACCAUCCAGGAUGAAGGCUACUGUGGCGCCAUGAACCAGUAA